AUGUCGCUUCAAGUCCUCACUUUAUUGGCUGUUAUUGCCGCCACGUCGAUUUUGGGAGAGGCGGCCAGACCAUGUCGUGUAAAGGUUCCAACUACUCCUUCUUCUUCGAUACUUCCUUGUAUGAAAGUAUGGGAAAACAUGAAAUCAGAGGAUACUGAGUACGAAGAAUACGCGUUGGCUACAACUACCGCAGCAUCGGCUAUCGAAUGUGGAAAGACGUGUGAAGCUGAAAUUAAAUGUGCCUACAGUUUGUACAAGUCGGAUAAGAAAUGCCUCACUUUCGAGAGAUUCCUCGCAGCAGACUUUUCGAAAAAUGGAGAUAUGUCAUUGAUUUUCAAGCUUUACCUGAACGGAACCACCACCUGCGAUACUGCAACGAUGGAUGGAUUAGCUGCUUCUAAAGAGAAGAUGUACUACCCGGAUGGUGGAUCGUUCUGGUUGUUCAAGAAUAUAAUGGACACUAUCGGAUAUGCCAGUUACAAUCCAGGGCUUGGGUAUAAGAGAAGAAAGAGAAGUGUUCUCGGAUGGUUACUCAAUUUCUAA